AUGACGCUGUGCGCCUGCGACGGGGUCAACCAACUCACUGUUACUGUAGCUUCGAGACCGUGCGGUGGUGACAGGAAGAGAGGGGACAAUCCUGGAGGCUUUGAACGGUAGAAGAAACUUGAUCCAGGAAUGGGCAGACACUCUGAAAGCAGGUAAGGUCUCCACGAGGAAAGGAAGCAAGAUGGCGGUCUGCUGCAGCCGGAAAUCCAGGUAUGCAAAUCGCCAGACCAUCAAUGGUAAUGAGGAGGGGUCUGGCGGUCCUUGA